AUGUCAGUCUCUUUCCCUCAAAACGGGACAGUCGACUGGACAUCCUUGACUUCAAUGACGGUAUCCGUACCGCUUACUCUGAUGAGUCGACUAUCGCAAGCCGGAGUUGACCAAUACACUCUUGAACUUGUCAAGUUCUAUGGGCAAUUUAUGAACCUACCGAGCCAACAUCUCGAGGUCGUGGAAAAAAGCCUCCUCCAAGCAAAAAAAUUCGGUUUCUCAGCUAACGCACUUUUCGUGGGUACCGGAAUAUCAUUGGUUCCAUCAUUAUUGGCGAGAACUAGAGGAGGAAUAGCCUUUUCUGCAGUCACAAUGGCUCUUCGGGCUUCCUUCGAGGCAAACUUCACAGCGAGAGUAUUAUCGGAAUGGCUGAGCUUUUUUGAGAGACCAGCAGAGCUUUCACUACCAUCAGUAAGCCAGCUUCAAGCUGUUAGCAAUGAAGUUGCUGGCUGUCCUAUCGACCCGGAAAUAGGCCAUGUUAUUUGGGGGCUCGAGCAACUGUUUGAAAAGAAUUCAGGGACAAAGCAGUUCAAGCCACCCACGAGCUUGACAGCGCCUCCUCUUGCUCAAGAUUUAGCAAGGGCUAUUCAUACCGUACUCACCAUACGACCAAAUCAGAACGUUGUUAUGAGGUUCAAAUCAUCUGUCGGACCAAGUGCGACCUGGCUCGCAGCCUUUGCCUCUAAGACAGUUGGGCUAAGUGUCUCCUUGGAGAUUGGCAAUAAAAUCGUCUGGGAACAACAAGAGAAGUAUUGCGCUACGUUAGGAUCUCGUGGUCACCUUCGCCUGGUGAUUGAGGUGUCGAUGGAUGCGGGAGGCCCUAAGCAACUUCAAGUCAUGAAAUCAGCAUCCGUUGAGAUCACCCUACAACGUCAUGAAACGAGUGUGGAAACCUCUUUCAGAAUAUCCCCCAAGGCAGUUGUAGAUAGAAUGCUUGAAGAAAUUUUCGAUAAUGCCGAGCAGCAGAAUUUGGCGAGGGAAUGCAUUUGCAAGGCAGCACAUCAUAUUUCUCAGAAACCAGCCGUCUUUGUCAAGCAGACCGGCAUGUCCCUGAAAAGCAGUAACUCACCAAGUGUUACCGCAACAUACCUGAUAAACAAGAAUCAAGCAAAAACCGCCCUUACAUUGCUCGGGAUCGAUCCUGACUCCAUAGACCUCUGGAUAACAGAAGCAAAAGCAGAGAUAGCCAAAGGACAAACACAAAAGAUUCUGGACAGAAACGGGCCACUGCCGAAAUGGACCGUGGAAGAAACGUUGAUAGACUAUCUUGGUCUCCCCUUUCUGACCGCAUUUAAGAGGCUACAUGAUGCAAGUCAGCAGGUGUAUACAGCCAAAGAACCCGGAUCUUGGACAAAACUGCGUCUUGAUGAUUUCAAGAGGAUUCUUACGCUUUGGACAGUGCUUACAUUUGUCUCUGUACUGGUUCCAGGAAAGGAUGUUAUAAGUCUUGAUGGCAGAAGAGUGUACAGUACGAUAGAGAGGUCAAACGGGAUCUUUUCGUCCUUUGGGUCUUUGUGGCAACUGUAUUAUUGUAAGUUGAAUGACGAGGGAUUUAUGGAGUACGUGCCGAUUAGGUCAUUCGAGGCUUCUACUGGCAAUCAGGAAGGUAUCUUCAAGACGCACUGUCUUUUAAUUUCGGCAAUUCAUGGAUUCGCUUUUAAUUUACUUGGAGGUCAUAUGGAGUUGAUCGGUUCUUCGAAUGACGACACUGCUGGAGUCGUCAGCGGGGGUACUUUUGUUGUGAUGAGCACUCUCCUCGAAUCGAAUCCAGCACGACCAAGAGAUGCAAUGACUAUUUUCGUAGGCCAAGGGUCAAUUUUUGUUAACCAACAAGCAACUUUCUGCUUGAAAUCUCUCAGCCGAGCUUUUAAUGAGCCAUCAGACUUUAAGUCAUCCUCCGAGCUUCAGCAAUUCGGCCAAACACACCCAUAUAUCUCAGAGAACAACGAUUCAAGCGAUCUUACACAGAUAAAGAUGAACAUGAGUCUCUACGUUUCCGAGAAGCCCGAUAUAUCGUAUGUGGCUUGGUCACUGAAUGGUCGCGAUGGAACCGACGUGCUAUUCGACGUGCUACUCUCCCCACAUCAAAUCUUGCACAAUCUUGUUCAUGCCCACUUUAUAGACUUUGACACACCAGCCGGUCAGCCCCCUCCGUAUUUUAUAAAGAAACCCUUCUCCGAGAGAUACAAAGCGGAUGAGCUAUUUGCCGAGAAUGUGGAGGAGUUGUGUUCUGGGCGCACCAAUGGUCUGGUCCAGCUGGCUAUGGCCUCGAAAAAUCAUGCAGCGCAGAUACUAGCCUUGCAUUACGCUUUAUGCGAUAGCUUGGUUUCAAGCAACAUCUAUCUAUUGCUGGCCCUCAUAUCUAACGGCUCGAAUUUUGGCGGUCUUGGGAGGAGAGAUUAA